GCGACGCGAACGCUCGCCUCACCUUUCGAUCCGUGUCCACGCACCGGUUCUCCGCACUCGUUCCCCGGUCGUUCACUCGAUCGUAUCGCGUAUUCGACUCCCUGUGUUUACGUCCAGAGGAGGCUCGGCGGAGAGAGGGAGAGAGGGAAGGUUCUUGCUCCGUGGAGGAGGAAGGAAGGAAGAGGAGGAAAACUAGGUGAUUCUCGGUGCCCGAUCGGAGGAGCGGAGAAGGGGGACUCGUCGACUCGUUGGUGUAACAGGUGCAUUAUCGUUAUCAUCGUCCAGCUUACGACAAGAACAGCGGUGAAGGAGAAUAUUUAGGGACGUAGAGGAAUAAUCGUGGACCAUCGGUUUAGCUGUGCCCUCGAGAUGCGGUGAUGGCUUUGCUGUACAGAUUCGCGCAGCUGCCUGACAGCAGUGGCACGCGGGUCUUCUCCUUCGUCGUCACAAGAAGCGUGGUACGGGAUCCCGAAAGAGACGUAACCAGCAAGGAGCUCGUAUGCGGUUUCCAAAGAUGGUCCGUUGCGUUUUCGCGAGGGAACAAGGUUCUAGGCGCGUACCUGGUAUGGCGCGGGGCAUCGAGGAACCUGCGCGUCUACGUGGACUUCACGUUCACCCUUCUGAACCGGGAACACUUCUCCAUGAACGAGGGAUUCUCCGGGAAACGGGUGAAGUUCACGUACGAGGCGCCCGCCCAGGGCAACCGGAACUACAUCCCUGUGUCGGACCUGUACAGCCGAAAUUUCGCCGACACGAACGGCGAGUUCCAAUUAGAAUUGUCGAUGGCAAACGUGAGGACCGUGUACAUGACCGAUCUUAAGAUGCCGGGCGGCACGUUCUCCUCGGGCCAAUCGAAGCCCAACAAAUUGGAGACCGAUUAUUUCGCGUUCGGCGGCUUCGAUUGGAACCUGGUCAUAUAUCCCCACGGGAACAAGGAGUUGGAGGGUUACCGGGGCCACGAGAACGGGAUCAGCGUCUAUCUGAUGAGGAUGAGCGGGUUCGAUCAUCGGUGCAGGGUGAGAUACAGCGUCGCGUUGGGCGAGGGUGAUCGCAGGAUCGAUUCAGGCCAGAUCGAGGACCUGUCGGACGCUGAGCGUUGCGGUUUCGGGUGGCACACGAGGGUGAGGUGGUCCGAGGUGGCGCACAAAGGCGUGGUACGGGUUUCCCUCGAGAUGGUCGAGGCGAGGACCAUUUGCGAGGUCGCCGUCCAAGCUCGCGGCCCCUCCGUCCUGCCCGCGACCCCUUGCUACGAUCGUGACAAGCAGGCGUGGAUGAUCAGGGCCGAUUUGCACUCGGACACCGUCAGACUGCACCUGGUCUACAAAGAUAUCCAUAACGUUCCGAGGAAUCAUUUGAGGUACGUCAGUUGGUCAGCCUAUCUUCUCCGCGACGAGGAGGCGAACAUGACCGCGAUCAGUUUGCCAGGAGCCCCGUUCAGCCGUUACUACGCCCAAGAGUCCGCGGACGAAGGUAUCAUAAUGGAGACGAAUCUCGACACGAACGAGGUGAAAGAAAAUCACUGUCCGUUCCUGACCGACAAAGGGCAAUUGAGGAUCCGGCUUGAGUGGAACGAGAGCCACUUGCUGUUCCAAGCGACCUACCACAAGUACGACGACGUGUGCCGCAUCCACAAUCAACAGAUGAGACGGGAGAUCUCCCUCCUCCAGGCGGAGAAUUACAGCUUGGAGAGGCAGCUGUUCAGUUAUCAGAAGAGCCUCGCUUAUACGCAGGCGCAGCAACAGCAACAGCAGCAGCAACAUCAGAAUCAACAGCAUCAUGGCGGCCAUCAAGCCCAUCUGGAGAGAUCCGCGUCGACAGACACCGAAUACGCCUGA